GUCGCUGUCUCACCAGAAGAGGGCAUUCCGAUUCUGCCUGACAAAGUUGCCUUGACAUGCAGACGUGAUUAACAACAGCGUCAUGCUGUAUUUCAAACCGAGCAUCAACGAGGAUGAGGGGAACAUUUGGACACAAAAGUGGAUAUUUGGAUAUCUGACUAUUCCGGGAGACUCGUUGACAGCGUUUCACAGGGACUUGUGGAUAACCGACCGUUACUUUCCUCUGUGCGCCAUGCGCGGAACAGACUGAGCAUCCUUGUGAAGAGACGCCGGGGUUUACUCGGGAGAGGAAUCUAAUAAGGGCUGCCUGACUCCUUUGGAAAAGUGCAUUUUUUUUUUGCACCAUGCCAACGUAUUUGUGAAGUUUUGUGACAGUAUUUUCUCGGAAUCUCCAUGCGCAUGUGAGACUGGCAUGAAUUACUUGGAUGUGGCUUGUCUGCGCCUACUGCAGUAAUCUUUUUGGCUGCAACUUGAAAACAUAGAACGAUUCUUUUCCUGCGAAGACAUGGAUAGGGAGUUCUAAAACCGGAUUUCUUUUACCCUUUUAAUCGGGAGUUGUAUGUAAAUGACAUUCGCCUCGGUUCAGUUGUACCGUUAUAGAUGCAGAACUAAACCGGAUAGCACGUCCAGGUCCGGGAGAGUAAAGGGCAGGUGCGCUUUGGUAUCGGCGGCUGCGCGGAGAGACCGGGCUAGUGGAUUAGGACGGUACCUGUCUGUGGAGAGCGCGUCAUGCGGACUCGAAUGUCGCGCACUAGAAGCCAAUAAAACCUGUAGGCUGGAGCUGACACAUAAGCGGAUAUGGGCUCUGCUCUGCGGCGUCGCUGGCUAGUGGUCCAACUCCUGAUGCAGGUGUGGCUGGCGGCAAAUCCAUCUUUGAGUGAGCGCCCAUGCCCCAAGAGCUGUCGCUGUGAUGGAAAAAUUGUCUACUGUGAGUCAAGCGCCUUUCGCGAUGUCCCCAAGAACCUCUCAGGAGGCUGUGAAGGCCUGUCCUUACGGUAUAACAGUCUUGCCAGUCUUCGUGCUGGACAGUUUGUAGGCCUCAACCACCUCAUCUGGCUCUACUUGGACCACAAUUACAUUGCCUCUGUAGAUGGAAUGGCCUUUCAGGGGGUCCGCAGGCUCAAAGAGCUGAUCCUGAGUUCCAACAAGAUCACAUCACUCCAUAACACCACAUUCCACCCCGUCCCUAAUUUGCGUAAUCUUGACUUGUCAUACAACAAACUGCAAGCCUUGCAACCUGGGCAGUUCCAGGGCCUACGGAAGCUUCUCAGCCUUCACAUACGCUCAAACUCACUUAAAAUCAUACCAAUGCGUCUGUUUCAAGAUUGCAGAAAUCUUGAAUUCCUGGAUCUCGGUUACAACCGCCUGCGCAGUAUCACUCGAAAUGCAUUUUCAGGCCUAGUCAAGCUCACGGAGCUUCACCUGGAGCAUAACCAGUUCUCAAAGAUCAAUUUCUCUCACUUUCCUCGCCUCUACAAUCUGCGGGCACUUUACCUGCAGUGGAAUCGCAUUCGCUCAAUGAGCCAGGGCCUGACCUGGACCUGGGCCUCCAUCCAGAAACUGGAUCUGUCUGGGAAUGAUCUGACAGAAGUAGAUGCUGUAGUUUACCAGUGCUUACCCAACUUGCAGACCCUCAAUCUGGACUCCAACAAGCUGACCAAUGUCUCCCAGGAGGUGGUUGAUGCCUGGAUAUCUUUGACUACAAUUAGCUUAGCUGGGAAUGUAUGGGACUGUGGCCCUGCCAUCUGCCCUCUGGUGACCUGGCUGAGAAAUUUCAGAGGGGCAAAGGAGACCACCAUGAUCUGCGCCUCACCCAAGAAAGCCCAGGGUGAGAAAGUGAUGGAUGCUGUCGAAGCUUUUGGUGUAUGUCAAUCAAACCUAGCAACAACGCUCACUGUGAGUAUUCCUCCAACACCAUCCAGUGUCCCUGUGAAGACUGAACAUCCCCCAGCUAUUCUGGCUUCACCUACUGGUUCUGGAAAGAGAGGAGAGGGAUCUAUCAGAGGCCCCACAUUGUCAGCUGUUACCCCCCCUGUGGCACUUCCCCCAGAGCAAGACUUGGAGCCCGUGUCCUUCCAUAAGAUUGUUGCUGGAAGUGUUGCCCUUUUUCUAUCUGUUGCUAUGAUCCUGUUGGUAAUCUACGUGUCUUGGAAGCGCUAUCCUAGCAGUGUCAAGCAGCUGCAGGAGCAUUCGGCGACAGCCCGCAAACGCCGCAAGAAAGCUAGAGAGACGGAACGCACGCUGAGCUCUCCGCUGCAGGAGUACUAUGUGGACUACAAGCCCACCAAUUCUGAGGCCAUGGAUGUGCUUGUCAAUGGGACCGGACCCUGCACCUAUACCAUCUCAGGCUCUCGAGAAUGCGAGGUCCCCCACCAACUGGGUGCACUGACCUUCUACCGCUAUGAACAGCCUAUUGUAGACUACUGCCAGGCCCAUCAACCCCUGCGGCUCAACAUGGGUUAUGAGGGACCCCCACAGGGCCUAGAGGGCCUAGAGGACCUGGGGCCAUGUGAUAGGGGCACUAUACAGACAGUAGCGCUGCCUGCCGUGCCUACUGCUGCCAGCAUAGGUGCCCCUGUGCCAGGGCCUCGCUCUCCUCCACCAUCUCUUAGACCACCAACUGAAGGUCCCAGCAGCAGUCCUUUUCCUUCCACUGAACGCACCGGCACACUCAAAUUUGGACGCUAGCAAGUCCAGUCUGGUUGUUAGAAGUGGGGCAAGGGCCUCUUACUCACCAUGACUUUGAAAUGAAGGGGCAGACGAGCUGGUUUUUUAGUGGGGCCUUGUUUUCAGAACAUGAGUAUAUGAACUAGAGGACAAUUUUGCCUGGAGGGAUUUGGCAUCUGAAACACACUGUCUCACUAAUAUACAGUAGAGGCGGAGACAUCCUUACAGAUUAUUUUGAUUAAUUUUUCCAAAGCACCUCAUAGAAAACUUCUUACUACUGAAUCAUGGCGGUAAUCCAGCAUAUGACAAAAAAAAUUACUUUGUUUCCAAAUCUGGUCUUUGCCAAUAUCCAAUGACAAUGUCAUGGGGCACCUGUUCACAAGCAUAACAGCAAUCCACUCGCUGAGUCAGGCGUGAAGGGGAAAGUGCAAUAAACACGAGUUCUCGAUCACAAAAACUGAAAGCAUUAACAUAAAAGAUAAAAGAGAUGAAGCUGGACAUCAUGUGAAGAGAAAUGGGCUUCUUACUGUGAUUAUUAAUAAAAUAUCCAGUCAGUAGUUGUUAACAAAAGCAAAUCCAUAUCAGUAUUUCAGAAAAAAAUGUCAUUUUCUCAAGAUAAGUAUUACAUAGAAUUUCUCCUUUUGUUUGACUUUCUUUUGUUCCUUUAAAUGUGGCAUCUCAUGCUGAAUUUCAUUGAUGUGCAUGUCAAACCAAAGAGUUUACUAUAUUUUUUUCCUUUAAUGCACAUAAGCGACUUUAGCUGAGGGCAUUCUUAAAAUGCCAGUUGGUCUACUAAACUAGCCUCAGUCAACUCGCAUUCACAAUUGCAACCAAAUCCCCAGGUGGUUUCAGAUGAACUGGGCUUGUCUUUUCAGAUUAGCUAAGGAGUCACGUGAUACAUACAGGUGAGAUAGUCAAACUGAAAUUUAAAAGCUAUCUGCCAUAAUGAUGUAUCUAACCUGGUCCUUGCAACAUCAGGUCAAUUGGUAUACAUGAUUUUGGUGAUGGUAUGAAUAACAUUAACCACAGAAACACCUGAGGAGAUAUUGUGGCAUGUUCUAAUCAUUUCUUAAACACACAGGUGGGCCCUUUCACACACAAUGGCAGGUCUUUGUAUAUGAUUAUAUCCCAGCUGAAUGAUUCACUAUGCUUUAAAGAGGUAAUCAUGGGGAGUUAUGUGGUAAAAUAAGUACAUUUGAAUGCAAGGUAUUGUACAUAUUCUUAAAAAAGGUCAACUUUACUGAAGGUCAAACCACUCUCACUGCCCCAAACAGUCAUUUGAAACAUGUGUCAAAAUUUGACUUUCAUCACUCUGGACAAUUUAGAGAGCAACAUCUUGCUGGGUUGACAAAGCUCUGGCCAUGUGCUCCUGUCUCCCCUCCACCACAGAGAACAACAGUGCCUAGUGGGGCAUGUUGAACCAGCACGUUGACUUCUCUUUGACCUGCAUAUGAACCCAUGGGCUGUACUGGGAAAAUUGCCUGACAUCUUUUUUUCCAAAAAGCGUGCCUACAGUGCGGGACUUUAUUUCACUUGGUAACCCCUUGGCCACUGUGUCGAGCACUACUCAUUGACAUAUGGAAUUGAUGAGGACUUCAGACACGUCUGUGAUCGCCUGUCAAAUAUCAUCUCUGGCUUAAUCCAAGCUUUUGGUCAUACUCUGGGGAGUUGUGAAUCUGUGCUUGGUUCUCCCACAGCACAACUGAUUGAUCCACAGAUGAAAAACUGCAAAGGGCCAAAAUUCCCCACAAAAAGUGGGUGUAUCCUCAAGAUAAGAGAAAAAAUAGGGAUUUUUUGUUUGUUUGUUUUGUUAUUUUGUCUUUUUGGCUUGGAGAAUAAGAGACCGUUUUUGAGGUGUUCAAAGAUGAUGUCAAGAAAUUCUAUUAAGGACAAAAUCGAAUAGAACUUAUUUAUCGUGUAAAUAGUGAAUCUUUAAUGACAAAAAAAAGUAUGAACUUCACUUCUUCUGAAACACAAACUGUGUGUGAACAGAAGAGGAGCCUUAUUCACUUUCCAGUGGGAAUCUGUUACCAAGAUGACUCGGUGAAGAGGUUCCUACUGUAAUGCUCCUGUUGUUUCAAUGAUAAAUAUUUUUCUAACUGCUCCCAUCAUUAUUCUACCAUUAAACACAAAUUAUGUUAGUGAGGUUAUUUCUCAAAUCCAAUCAUUUUACUGAACCACAUGAGAAAGGGAAUAUUGAGAGACCUGCUGUUGUGAUGUACUUCAAGAGUCAAACCUCAUAGAGAUCCAUAUUUUCUGUUUUGACUUCAGACAUGUUUCAUGUUGCAGGAGGUGGCUAUAUGAUGUGUGGUUAGUUACUUCCCAAUCCACUUCUCUCGUUUGCCAUUUCAGGGUCUACUCGGGGAGAAGAAGUGUGCUAUUCUUUAUAACAAGAGUUUAACUUGUGAAGGAUGUUCUUUUUGAUGUGCCAUGAAUUUGUUAAAUGUUUUACCAAAAGCCAGCCCCAAAAGUCUUCAUGAUUUCACGACCAAGAAGGGUUCAGUCCCCUUCGUGUACAGGACACUGCAUAAAAAGCAGUUGAUUCGCUCAGUACGGUUGCUUAAUAGUGCUGGUGGAGUUUACUUUGUAAUAGCAGCUGUGCCAAUGUCUUUAUAAUGGGAGCUCUCUCAAUUCUAUCCAUGUAUUGUCUUGCCUUGCUCUAUAUCACCCCUGCUAACUCCUUGGCCUGAAUUUCAUGUCUGCCACUUGGUGACUCGGGUGAACCUGUUUAAUGAUGUUCUAUUUCUGUCCGCAUGCUGAUAUUUUGGGAAAGUAUGCCCGGUUAGGGAGGAGCGCUGAACCAGAGACAAACAGUAUGGAAGAUACAGUAUUUCCUGGAUGGAGUGCCCUAGAACCAGCAGCACGUGUCAUGGUCAACUUCACUGUUUUUAAAGCAACUUGUUUGCUGACCCAUUCUUGCCCCUGUCUCACCUAAAGUAGAAUUUCCUGGCACUAUAUAGGCUUUUAAACAAAGAAAGAGCCUUCUGUUGGGCACUCACUCCAGGGACAGACUUUCCCUUUAAUAGUAUCCUGCUAAAGCCCAAUACCCCAUAUGUUGUAAUUACUUCACUAUUCAGAACAGUCAUAAUGGUUCAAUUCAGUCUAAACACAAUGAUCAAAGCUACUUUUCCCUUCAUGUGUAAUUAGAAAAUGCUAAUAAAAUCUUUGUAUGUUCACAAUUAAAUCAACUACUAAUAAGCGAUUGAUUAAUCGUGACUACCUCUCUGAUAAAAUUGGAUAUGUUCAGCGGAAUGUUUGGAUCCUGCUGCCAGUAAUUAUUUAGUCUUUUGUCCAUUUCUUUUGCCAUCAGAGAGCUGGAAGCACAGGCGCUGCAUGCUAAUGAUGCAUGUUUGAGCUGAAGUCCAGGACGUCUGUGCAAGCCCUGCAAUGCCAACAGGCUUACUUUUCUCUUCCUUUUUGUUUGUUUAUGGUUUUGUACACCCCAAGCUCCCCACCCCCCUUCACUCUUUGGGCUCAAUUCCCCACUGGGAACAUUUCUCAUUUUCCCCCCAUCUUUUCUUUUUUGCUUGAGGUGGAGUGAAUAAAGGUCUGAAGAAUUGCAGUGAAAACUGUUAAUGCGCAGAGGAAAAAAGCUAAAUGUAAAUCUUCAAGGGAAGGGGGAAAGCAGAAGAGACUAGAGGGGGAGCCAGAAAUGAUGUACAAUAGGGACAAUACAGAAGUAAAAAUGGGUAAGUGCAAAGACAUUUUAUUCUGUUACAAUGAAAGCUUUGCGAUGUUUUUGAAAGUCCCGGGCAGCUUUACCUGCACUGUAAGAAAUGACACGAACUGCUUCAGCCAAACUCAGUCACACGCAAGACACACACACACAAGUAUUCUGUAGCUAGUUAUGGCACAAACAGAACAAACAAAACAAAAGGCAUACUCAAAUCAACUUGCAUCUUCUAAACUGUAAGUAAUUAUGCAUGCUCACAUACAAAGAUAAAAUCACACACACACACACACACACACACACGUUUAAACACUUAAUUUGAGUUGAAAUUAUAAUUUACGCUUUGUUACCAAGAAUACAUUUUUACUUGUCACCCUUUAACCGCAGAAGAAUCACACAUUAAUAUGUAUACACAAAUGAAAAACCUACAAACAUGGGCAACACAUAUGCCUUGAUAAAUGAUAAUAAAGUUCUCCAGGUUUUGACGCUCCCAUCCAUUCCAGUUCACCCAAGGCCAUCUGCGACGCUUCAGUAGGUUCUAAUCCAUUACCUGAUAAAUAGAUUUGAAAAAUGAAUUCCAAGCCAGACGUGUAGUUGCUUUUCUUCCUCUGACACACAUCUGUGUCUUUCCCGGAGGCAGCACUGGGGCAUACAGCACAUAGUCAUGACUCCAGAGAGUCAGCACAUAUACACACGGAUAUGGGGGCAAAGCAGAAAAAAAAUAAGGUAAUACUCCUGAUCUGCCACUUCUAGAUUCCCAAUUUGAGAUUCUUGUUUUUGUUAGCGUGUCAUUAGUGUGUGUGCAGAAUGCAAAGUGGUGAGAAUUAAUAACUUUUUCAUGCUAAAAGGCAGAAAGAGAGACUGGAAGCAUUGCUAGUGAGUUAGCUACCCUGCAUGUACCCAGUUGGCCUUGUGUGUGUGCGUAUCUACAGUAUAGCAGCACCUACUCCUCUACCUCCUCUGAACCAAUGUCACCAUUACUGAUGUUCAGGCCAGCCCGGUCCCCAUUGAUUGUUAUUGUUCCAUGCUGUUUCACAUUAGCAGAACGUCUUUAACCUCUGACCGACAUUGUCCUGACUCUGUUUUUAUCCCAUUGCUCAUGUCAGAGGGAACACAGAAAGGGAAGGCAUGAUCAUUAACCUCUGUCAGGGAAACACACUUUUUCGUUUGUCUGACAAAGCCAGUUUACGCCCCUAAUUGGAUUUAAUGUGAGCACCGAAGAAAGGAAGGUUUUUAUUCAAAUGGGCUACAUUCUAUUCCUGCAGUUGGCUUUUGAGUGCAGUAAGAGAGAAAGCAGAGAGAAAGUGACAGAAAGCAAUAUCAGAAUUAGUCUUUGUUUCCUUGAAGUCUCAAAUAAAAUUGCUGCCUCUUAAAUGCUUUCCAUAUAAACCAGGGGGUCCCCGCUGUGUCCUUCUCAUUCAUUUCCUGCAGAGAGCAUUGAUUUCUGUAGGGUGUAAAUAUGCGCUGCAUUGUUUUCUUUGGUAGUUGGUUUGUUGUUGAUUUUAUUUUUCUUAUUUUGAUUUUUGUUCUUUUUACUGUAUUCAGACCUAAAGCAUUUUUGUGGAGACCUGGUCCAAGCGCAAAAAUACGGCUCUUCUUUGAGUAUAUUAUUGUCAGAAAAUGUUUUGUAAAAAUUUUGAUGAUGAUAUCAGAAAUAAACAU